GGAGGAGGACUACGGAGGUGCCGCCGCUGCUGCUGCUUUGUGUCGGUCCUGUCCGCUGCCAGCCUGCAGCCGCAAACCACAAACAACAGCACGGGAAAACAAUAAGAACAAACAAACGCAGGUGGUGUUGUGCUUUACACACAAUGGCCGUCUCCUGGAGUCUGCUGGCGUUCCUGUUUGCCACCCUGGUCCUGUCGCACAGCGCUGAGCCCGGAUCCCCUCACGGCAAGAGGAGACAGGCACAGACCUCAGCAGGUGGCGGCAACAUCCAGCUGCACCCCCUUCAAGGUCUACAGGGCCACCGUUACAGCAGGGACCGCGGAGGGCACGGGGGCCAGGGGGCCCGUGCCGCCAAGGGCGGAGCCGGGCUGCUCUCCCACAGGCCCCUGCACCCCCUGGCCAGGCCCGAGGAUGACGGGACGGGCCUGGAGAGUUUGAGCCCGGUGAGACUCGAGAUGGGCCCGGGCAGGGACAGAGACAGAGUUAGAAUGGGUAUGAAGGGUUCGUCCCAGGCCAGGGAAAACGACCUUCUGGGGACACAAAAAGGAAGGGGACAUGGACACGGGAAUGGGCAUGGACACCAUUUUGAGCACAGGAGACAAGGGAGUCGUCGUGACAAGGGGCGGCAUGGAAAAGGGUUUCUUCCCGAGCCUGAGCUGAGCUCUGCGUUUAAGGACAGAGAUCUGUUCGAGGAUCCUCCCUCCUCCCCCUCUGCCGCCUCCCCCUCCCUCAGCGUGACCCCACCCGGUGAGGCCCCCUCCCCCAUCACUGCCGUCUUUGGCUCCGGCUCCUCCAUGGUUACCACGGUGAUGAACGAGCAUCCCCCAACGCUGCCCCCGGCCUCCACCAAACCCCAGAGGUCUGGAAGAGGAAAAGGGCAAGGAGAGGUGAUGCCAACGUUGGACAUGGCGCUCUUUGAUUGGACAGACUACGAGGACAUGAAACCUGUGGACACCUGGCCGUCUUCCAAGAAGAAAGACAAGAGGCGGAGUAAGAACCUCAGCAGUGGAAAUGUGACUGUAGACGCCGACGCCAUCGAGCCAUGUGACCACCACCUGGACUGUCUCCCAGGCUCAUGCUGCGACCUGAGACAACACGAGUGCAAACCUCACAACCGAGGCCUCAACAACAAAUGCUACGACGACUGCAUGUGUGAGGAAGGGUUUCGUUGCUAUGCUAAAUUCCAUCGGAAGCGGCGCGUGACCAGGAGGAGGGGUCGCUGCGUGGUCCCAGAGUCAGUCAGCAGUGACCAGGGAGGCUUCAUCACUAUCUGAGGAGGAGGAGAUGGAGGAGGAACAGGAAGAGUGACCCCAUGACAGAGUAGAUCAAGACAUCACAUGACACUGGCAGCAGACCGAGUGCUGAAAGAUGGCGGCUUGCUGGUUUUUUUAAAUCGAUCGGCGUGAAGCACCUGGCAGGUGACCUAACUGGAUGUUUUGUUUCCACCUCAGCUUCUAAACCAGCAAAUCACCAUCUUUAAGCACCUCUUUAGCUCCGUGUCCGUGUUUUUAAAGAAAACAUGAAGAGCGGCUUUUCAGUACUCACUCCGUCCACACGGAGUGUUUUUUUUUCUUUUUUUUUUAAAGAAAAUGUGAUUAUUAUUUGUUUUAAAUUGGUCUA